AUGUCUGACAGUGCUGUUGGUCCAAACGGCGAGCUGAAAGAUGCGUCUGAAAUGGUAUGGUUCAAUGAUGUGGAUGACAAGCAGCCUAUCCCCUCCUCAUCUAUGAACAAAUCUGCUCCGUUACAUCCGUUCUUUACUGGUGCUGCUGCCCCUGCAGCUAUCAUAGCAGGGUACUCGAUCCUGACAAUGUUGCAUCAUCCAGCACCACCCAAGAUUGUUGCAAGCCCUGCUGCUUCCGUUGAUGAUGGAGAAUCUGACUGUGACGACGACAUAGAUAUCGGUGGCACUAAUCUCGAUCAUCCUGAUGCAAUAGGUGGUGACACUGAAGCUGAGGAUGAUACAGAGCAUGCAUAUGCAUCGACAAAAGAUAUGGGAGAUGCGGAUCGUAAGGGUUCAACUCACCGUCCUAAGACUGAACGAACUGCAGAUGUUCAUACCAUCUUCAUCAAGAAAGAUGACUAUGUAGACCCACAUACCAGGCUGGUCGAACAUCGUGACCACAUUAAGAUUUAUCAAGAAAAUUGCAAGAAAUUAGAUAUUCCCUUGAAUGAGAGGGCAUGUCUGAAGUCCGAUGGUACUGGAACCCUCGAUAGUCAACAAAGUCUUGAUGGCAUUGUCGUUCAUCAGCCGCGAGCACCCAUGUUCACAACCAGUGGCCUUCUUGACUAUGUUGUGGAGUUGAUUGUGUGCGAGGACAAGGCAUUCCAGCUUGUGGAAAAAGGCCCAUUCCGUCGCCUACUGACUUACCUCCAACCAUCUUUGGCCAACAAGGAUAUUCCACAUUGUAAGGCCGUUCAUGAGGAAAUAAUGAAGAAAGCAGCAGCUACCAAAGCAUGGCUGAAAGAUGUUCUAAAGGAUAUACCUAGUAAAGUCUCAUUCACAUUCGACGCUUGGACAUCCAACCCUGCUGAUCCAUUUUUGUCUGUUACCGGCCAUUAUAUCCAUGCGCAUCCAGACAAACCCAAUGACUGGAAACUUCGAACUGAUGAACCUGGUGCAAAGUUGUGGGAUCCAGUACAAGGCCAUGUCAGAUGUAUGGAACAUACCAUCAACCUUGCUGCUGGACGUUUUGUCACAGCUGUCUCACCAACAUCAGCUUGCAAGCUUCUCAAAAAGAUCAAAGCCACAUUCAAACACGCUCAGCUAGAGGGCCAAGAUGUAGAUCUGGAUGCUUUAGAGGCCGACUUAGAUGAGGCGGAUAUUGAGGGUGAAAACCAAGAGGAUGAUGAUGACAACAACAACGAUGAAUUUGGAGUUGGGGACACGAUCAGAAAGGCACUAGCACUUGUGAAGCAGAUUCAUGCAUCACUGCAGGCUCGUGCUUUUUUUGCCCAGUCGUGUAAGCAAGCAGAUGUCCCUAUCCUCGAGCUGAUGCAGUGGGAACCAGCAAGUGCUACGCAAACAUCUUCGAGCUCACACAACCCUUCGGUCUGGCGCAUGAUACUUGUCCUUGAAUUUCUACAGAAAUCAUGGGAAAAUAUGGCCAAUCUUCCUCGAUUUUCCAAAGUCAGUGAUGCAAUUCAAAACGCUUUGGAAAAUGUUGCGAAGUGGUAUCACAACACAGAGGAUACCGAUGUAUAUUUUAUUUGCCUUGCACUUGACCCCAAUGUCAAGAUUGCAUAUGCCAAACACCAGUGGGACAAGGCAUCGUUUGAAAUUGGCCUUGACAAACUCAGAUGA